CCAGAACAAUUCAGAGGAAAAUAUGUAUAUGUUUUACUACUUGACAUGUUUUUAUACUUUACUGAUUGAGAUUUGACAUCAAAAGAUAUGAUGACCUUAUAUAAUAUAUUGGGUCAUAGAUUAAAUUUCCCAACUAAUUAAAAUUGGCUCAAAUGUAGCCUCAACCACAAUAGCAAAAUGCUUAAUUUGGUCAAACAUAAUAGAUCAGUAAUAAUAACAUAUUCUGUAUAAUAGUACAAUACUUACAGCAUUAUGAGUACUACUAUUUAUACUUUUACGUACAUACAUUGUCGAUGCAGGAUUUGUUAUGGCGUACUUUACAAUAUUACUGCUUUAAAUCAAGUACCUGAUAGUAAUUGAGUACAUAUAAUCAAGUAUUAUGCUUUAGUACAAUUAUGAGGUACUUAAGGGCCUCAUCUGAGGAUUUCCAUGUUAUGCUUUAUACUAGACGACAUUUUGGAAGUCGAUAGUGUACUUUCAUUCCUGUUGUUAUUUCUAGUAUAUAAAUCAAUAAGUUAUUAUGUAUUACUAUAGGUUAAUCUAAAGAGCAAAAUAUACAUUGAUUAUAACGUUUUAGCUGCAAGUGUUUACACAUAAAUAUAUGUUAAUACAAUAAAUAUAUAAUUCUUAAAUGGGAUAUUCUGCAUAAUGCAUACUUUUGGUAGCCUACUUUCAGUAUAUUUUCAUGCUGAAACUGUUGUUCUUUUAUUUGAGAUUGUUUCUAAAUGUAGGACAUUAAUGUGUAGUAUUUGUACACUAAUAAUAAGUUAUUCCUCCACCACAGGCCCAUGUGGCGAAGAUAAGUAAGAUGGCAUGUCUAAAUUAGCAAAUGAACGACCUCAUUAGGAGGCAAUCAUUUGUAUCAUCCUAAUUACAGGGGGCAUCUCUCGAGCCCCUUGUUGAGAGCAAUGACCGUGAGCAUGUCAUACGCACAGGGGCAAAGGUCACGCAGCCCGGGCCGCACACGCGCGCGCAGUAUCUGCCGGUCAUCUGACGUCGUGUGGCUGGUUUCGGGUGACGGCUCCUUUAAGAAAACGGAACUGAGCGCUCGGCUCUCGACGCGCUGAGGAUGUGGGCAGGAAACGCCAUGCAAGAGCAGAGGAGCGAUCACGCUUCCCAGCCCCGUUGCACAAUACAGUUCGACCACAAUGUGCUCGUAAUCGUCCCCGCUCAUGUCCCGCAGCGGUCGGUCUCCUCGGAUCUGCUCGGCGCGGCCGCCACAGCGCACGCUCGCGGGAUCUGACGGCGCGCGAUUCGACUCCUACCCGAGCGCGAGGGCUGCCUUCACGGCCGACUCGGAUUGACAAACAUCGGGGCUGGUCAGCGGGUGGGAGAGAGAGAGAGAGAACAGGCGGAGAACAUAGCGGAAGAGAAGAAGAAAAAAGGGGAAAAAAAGAAGGUGUCUGUCUAUUUUACCCCCCCCUCUCUCUCCCUCUCGCUCCCUCUCUCUCUCCAGCCAUGAGGGAGUACAAAGUGGUUGUUUUGGGGUCGGGUGGAGUCGGGAAAUCCGCGCUGACGGUCCAGUUCGUGACGGGCUCCUUCAUCGAGAAGUACGACCCCACGAUAGAGGAUUUCUACCGGAAGGAGAUCGAGGUGGACUCGUCCCCGUCGGUGCUGGAGAUCCUGGACACGGCGGGCACCGAGCAGUUCGCCUCCAUGCGAGACCUGUACAUCAAGAACGGCCAGGGCUUCAUUUUGGUCUACAGCCUGGUGAACCAGCAGAGCUUCCAGGACAUCAAGCCGAUGAGAGACCAGAUCAUCCGGGUGAAGAGAUACGAGAGGGUGCCCAUGAUCCUGGUGGGAAACAAGGUGGACCUGGAGGGGGAACGGGAGGUGUCCUCCGGGGAAGGCAAGGCGCUGGCCCAGGAGUGGACCUGCCCGUUUAUGGAAACGUCAGCCAAAAAUAAAGGCUCAGUCGACGAACUGUUUGCAGAAAUAGUGAGACAGAUGAACUAUUCCGCUGUUCCCAGUGGUGGCAACCAGUGCUGCGCCUGCGUGCUGCUCUGAAGAAGAAGAGGAGCAGGCCGACGCGGUGCAUCCGCGCUGAAUUUGAGCUUCUAACUUGUCCUGCAGGCGUUUUGCAUAUCUAUUCUCUCUCCUCACACUGUUGUCUUAUUGUUGCACACAAACACAAAUCGACGAAGACAACAAUCGAUGAUGUAUUAUACUCUGGAAAAGUGUUUACAUGACAAAGUACUUGAAUGUUUUUGGAUUUUUUUAUAGCUUUGUAUAUGACACUUCUCUGGAAAUGUGCCUCAAGGGGAAUGUCUUAUUGUGAAACCUAAGAGACACUUUUUUUUUUUUUGGUGUGUGGUUUUUAUUUGUUGAGUCUUACUGUUGCAUCUUCUAGGCCGGGUCCAUCUGUCUGGAGGAGUGGUGGGGGGGGUUACUUUGAGGGGUGUGCUUCUUUGGGUUUGUUUACUUCUUUACGCCUGAGAGCAGCAGGCCAUGAAUGCGCUUAAAAUCUCUCUUAAACGCAUCAAUCAUCACUCAGGCCUUGCACAGGUUACUCAAAUACGAUCUCUUCAAUUAAUUUCCCCAAAAGGCCGGGUGUGAUCCAAGAGUACGGACUAAAAUACUGUAUUUUAAGCUGUGGAUUGUGGUGGAGUUGUGUUAGGACUUUAUAUUCUAGUUUUUAACCCCCCUCUCUCUCUUUCCGGUCCAAUGAAAGUGGAUUUAUCAUGGAACUUGCACUUCGCUGCUGGUGUCCCUCAGUGUGCACAACAAGGACCUUUAGUGCGCUGCUGUCGCUGCAUGGGGAACACCGCAAACCCAUGUCAAGUGCCUUCCCAAGAAAAACUCCUGUGACUGUGCCAACUGAUGAGUCCUCCUCCUCCUCCUGCAGUGCGUCUUGAUGGCAAUCAGAACUUUUUAGCAGUUUUCGGUGAACAAUCUACUUCCAUGUGGUGUCAAAGUGAAAAGAGCCUCUUUCUAUGUCACGGUCAGGAAGCUGAGCCCGGAUCAGACCUGCUGUGUCAGGGUCAGGGUCAGGCUGUUUCUCAAGGUACUCGUCCAAGAAGAACAACAGAGGAACGGUAACCUACUAGCAUUAUGGUUCAGUGAAAGGCAAGCCAGGUGUGUCCGUAUUACCUAGAUUUGUUUUUUUCCUUUUCUUAAAAAUUCAAAGUGACAUUUUUGACUUACGGUAAUUGUUAGUUCUCUUCUGCCAUCCACCUGUCAGUUUGAAAGACUUGUAAUACAAAAAGCAUUUUACGUAACGCUGUGUACUGUGCUUGUCUCUGCUAAUGACAUAAAGAGUUCUUUUUGGGCU